AUGUCUGACGCAGUGAAAAGAGCUUUGCAAUCUCCGUUUGUGGGGAUCGCUAUUCUCGGCACGUUAACUGCUGCUCUUUACUUCAAUUCCCCGCUGAAACUCAAUCUCGGUUCCACUUUCUCCUCCUUCAACUUCAAUUCGCUUCUGCAGCGACCCCAGAGACUCUUCACUGCAGAGGCGCUUGCUCUGUACAACGGGACCGACGAAUCAUUACCCAUUCUUCUCGGCAUCCUUGGUUCGGUGUUCGAUGUAACCAAAGGAAGAUCCCAUUAUGGAGUUGGAGGGGGCUACAAUCAUUUCGCUGGAAGGGAUGCUUCGCGAGCAUUUGUUUCUGGGAACUUUACAGGAGAUGGGCUGACAGACUCUGUCCGUGGCUUGUCCACCACAGAGGUCAAGAGUAUUGUUGAAUGGAGAGACUUCUAUUUUCGAACAUACACGUUUGUGGGGAAGCUAGUCGGUCCUUACUACGAUGAACAUGGAAAUCCCACGAAAUCACUGAAAGGUGUCGAAGCAAAGGCAGCAAGAGGCAAGCAGCUCGAGGAGAAGCAGAAGAAGGAAGAAGCCAAACAAACCAGUUGCAACUCCAGGUGGAGUCAAGACGAGGGUGGGGAGGUGUGGUGUGAUGAUGGGUUCCCGAGGUUAGUGCAGCGACCAAUGGAGAUUGCUUUGACGGGUAAAAUGAGCAGGCGAUGCGCAUGCUUCAAAGAAGAACAAUUGGGGCAGCCAGGUUUAGAAGUUUAUAAAGACUGCGAUUAUCUAGCCAAGAGUUGCCGUGUCUAG